UAAGGGCUGUGUAUCCAUUAUUAUAGUCGCAAGAGACAGAAAGGCCAAGGAUUUAUAGGGAAGUGUGGGGAGGAUCGAAAAUCGGGGAACGAGAGAGAAUAUGGCGAUGCGAGAGCUAGUUACGGGUGGAGCGGCUUGUGCCGUUCCAGGGUCUUCUUCUUCUUCGAAUCCUCUCGGUGCUCUGGCCAACGCCCUUAUUGGCUCCUCUUCAAAGACACAGGAACGGCUGAAUGAGAUUCCUACUGCAAUACCCACAAGUUCUGAUGGUCAAUUCUACUCAGAGACAAAUGAUCGUUUGGCGACAUUGCCGGGGUCCGAGUUUGAUCAGCAACAAUUUCUGCAACCUAAUGCAUCGGGCUCGGAAUUCCUCCGUGGAUUCCACUCUGCAGGUCAGAGUGACCUUGCUGAUGCAUGGAAUGAGAUACACCAUCCUCCAGUCCCUGCCCAUCCAGAGCUAGGGCGCAUACAUGAUGGAGGAGUUCGCACCCAGCUUCAACCAACUUUGGAUGGGACUCCACAACGAGUAUUGUCAAGCUUUCUGCACACAUUUGUUGACAGUAGCCGUGGUGGUAUUCCUUUCCGUCCCACUCCCCUUCCCCUAUUAGGAUUGUCAGAAGGUGACAAACAGUGCAUUCGUGAUCGUAGCAGCAUCAUGGCCCGACACUUUUUUGCUGAUAAGAGUGAAGACUUUAUUAAUGCGCAGGUGAAUGCUUUAUUAUGUUCUUUAGAAAUUGAUAGUGAUAUCCAGGCUAAGGGGCCUCCCCCUGGAAGAUUUCGGGAGCUGGAGGAGUAUUGGAAUGAAUCUCAGGGUGCCCUGGGACCUGGGCCUCAUGCUGCAGAUGGAUGGAUUGCUGAAUUUGGACAACACAGAGCAGAGCAUGGUGGUCCUGAUGCUUGGGCUCACUCAUUUGUGCAACAACACGGUGCUAAUGGUUGGGCUUCUGAAUUUGAGCAGGAACAAACUCAGAUUGCACAAAUGAGAGGUGCAAAUAUCUCAAACUUAGCUGCAAUGGAGCAGACUCGAAUGCUUGCACACACAUUAGCUCAAAACAAUGACCCUAAAUUUCAGAAUUCAAAGUUUCUCCAAUUUGUGUCAAAGAUGAGUCGAGGUGAACUUAUCAUUGAUGAUAAUCAAGUCAAGCCAGGUGCAUCAUCUUCAUCUGGGGAUUGGGCAGGAGAAUUUCAACAGCAAUAUAGUGGGGGUCUUAAUUGGGCUGACCAAUUUGUGCAUGAUGCGGGACCUGAGAGAUGGGUGAAUGAGUUUACUACAGAAGCUAAGCAGCGUGGAUCAGUUGAUGACCCAUGGGUGGAUGAAUUCUCUAAGUUGCAUAUUCAGGAUUGGGUGGAAGAAUUUGGGCAGCAGGAUGAAGGGGCUGCUGAUAACUGGGCAACUGCAUAUGAUGAGUACCUAAAUGAGCAAGAAGCUUCUAAGCAGCAGUCAGACAAGUCAAGGGGUGUUUAUGUCUUUUCCGAUAUGAAUCCAUAUGUUGGUCAUCCCAAUCCCUUGAAAGAAGGUCAGGAGCUGUUUCGCAAAGGGCUUCUGAGUGAAGCAGUACUUGCAUUAGAGGCUGAAGUUCUAAAAAACCCAGACAAUGCUGAAGGUUGGAGGUUACUUGGAAUAGCACAUGCAGAGAAUGAUGAUGAUCAACAGGCUAUUGCAUCCAUGAUGCGUGCACAAGAAGUUGAGCCAACAAACCUGGAAGUGCUUCUUGCGCUUGGCGUGAGUCAUACAAAUGAAUUGGAGCAGGCAGCUGCAUUGAAAUAUCUAUAUAGUUGGCUACGCCAUCAUCCAAAGUAUGGGACCCUUGCCCCUAUGGAACAGUCUGAUUCUCUGUAUUAUGCUGAUGUUGUCAGAUUAUUCAAUGAUGCUGCUCAAAUGUCACCUGAGGAUGCUGACGUCCACAUAGUACUUGGUGUCCUGUAUAAUUUAUCCAGAGAAUAUGACAAAGCUAUUGCAUCCUUUCAGACGGCUUUGAAACUCAAGCCACGUGAUUACUCCCUUUGGAACAAGCUUGGUGCAACACAAGCUAACAGUGUUCAGAGCGCAGAUGCAAUAUUAGCUUAUCAACAGGCACUGGAUUUGAAGCCUAAUUAUGUCCGUGCAUGGGCGAACAUGGGUAUCAGUUAUGCCAACCAGGGUAUGCAUGAGGAUUCUAUUCGUUACUAUGUCCGGGCACUUGCGAUGAAUCCAAAGGCAGAUAAUGCCUGGCAAUAUUUGAGAAUUUCUCUUAGCUGCGCGUCCCGAAAUGACAUGAUGGAAGCUUGUGAUGCUCGGAAUCUUGAUAUUCUGCAGAAGGAGUUUCCUCUUUAAAACAAUUAUAUUCAUUUGGGAGAUGAGAGAAAUAAUGGGGGUCUGCCCUUGAGAUGAGGUCUGAUUCUAAAGCUUUUGUAGGAAAGAUGCAAUCCAAGGCUUGUGACAAUUCCAUAGCCCACGGCCUGACGUUCAGGUUCCAUCUUUUGCUGCAUUUGGGUAUAGUAGAAGGAAGUGUUCCAAUCUUGUUCCGGUCUGCAACAGUGGAAAAGAUUAAAGGUGGCAAUUUUUUUUUUUUUUAAAUAAAAUUUGAAAACACCAUCUCUCAAGCUUCAUACAGAGUGUGGUUAUUCCAUACUGAUGAGAUGAGAAGGGAAAUUGAAAAUGAGGGGGCCAAAUAAAUGCUGAUAAUAAAGGAUUGUGAAAUUCCUUUGUGUUUGUACAUAUGAUCAACAACUUAAUAUUUUAGCAACAGUGGAUAUUCCUUUUUUCUGGUUCCCUGGUAUAGAUAAGACUUCAUUGCAAAGACUUUGAUGACAUGACUUCUGCUGCAUUUCAGACCUUGUCUGUUCAAAUAUUGAACAUUCAAAUUGCAAUGCAAUGCUAAGUGGUUAUUAUUUCCA